AUGGCCGCACGUCUUGAUGUGCGGUGGUCAGAGCGUGAGGACCAAUUAAAGGCAGCAAUGCAGGCGGCUGAGUUUCAAGCGGCAGUGGAUGAACUGGCUGAAUGGCUGGCUGAAAAACAAAAAGCUCUAAAAAGUCUUCAAGGGCAGCCAAUGAGGCUGAGGCAGCAAGAGAUGACUCCUACUGAAAUCAAGCUCAACGAUCCUGAUUCCGCAAAAUCAAAAAAAGCCAGUCUUGGCUCGACCGCAAACCGAGUGCAGAGAUUGAAGGCGAUUGAAGCAGAAGUGGCCAGUAAUGCUCCGGUGGGAUAA